UGUCAACUUUCGAAUUCAUAUAUAAACCCUUUGGUGUUUUCUUCAUUUUCCAAUCCCUGUUGUUUGUCUUGCAUUGAGAUAUAUAGUAGAGUUUUAUCUCUUUAACUGGUUUCUCUGCAUGCACUGUGGUGCAUAGUCUGGUAAUUAACCUAAGGGCAGGAGACUAAAAUUUAAGAGCAAAGAUGGAGAUCACUAAUGUGAGUGAGUAUGAGGCAAUUGCAAAGCAAAAGUUGCCAAAGAUGGUGUAUGACUACUACGCAUCUGGUGCUGAGGACCAGUGGACAUUGCAGGAGAACAGAAAUGCUUUCUCAAGGAUCCUGUUUCGUCCUCGGAUUCUCAUUGAUGUAAGCAAGAUAGAUAUGACUACCACUGUUUUGGGUUUCAAGAUAUCAAUGCCCAUCAUGCUUGCCCCUACAGCCAUGCAGAAAAUGGCUCAUCCUGAAGGAGAGUAUGCAACGGCUAGGGCUGCAUCAGCAGCUGGAACAAUUAUGACAUUAUCCUCAUGGGCCACUUCUAGUGUUGAGGAGGUUGCUUCAACAGGACCAGGCAUCAGGUUUUUCCAGCUCUAUGUUUACAGGGACAGGAAUGUCGUUGCACAGCUUGUGAGAAGAGCUGAAAAAGCCGGUUUCAAAGCGAUUGCUCUUACAGUUGAUACUCCGAGGCUAGGUCGCAGAGAAGCUGACAUCAAGAACAGGUUUACUCUACCCCCAUUUUUGACAUUGAAGAACUUUGAAGGUCUAGACCUUGGCAAGAUGGACAAAGCUGAUGACUCAGGACUCGCAUCAUAUGUUGGUGGACAAAUUGAUCGAACCCUCAGCUGGAAGGAUGUGAAAUGGCUUCAAACAAUUACCAGCUUGCCAAUUCUUGUGAAAGGUGUACUCACUGCUGAAGACGCAAGGAUAGCGGUACAGGCUGGAGCAGCUGGUAUCAUUGUCUCCAACCACGGAGCUCGCCAGCUUGAUUACGUUCCUGCCACUAUCAUGGCCCUGGAAGAGGUUGUGAAGGCUGCACAAGGCCGAGUACCUGUCUUCUUGGAUGGUGGUGUUAGGCGUGGAACUGACGUUUUCAAAGCAUUAGCACUGGGAGCCUCUGGCAUAUUUAUUGGACGACCAGUGGUGUUCUCAUUGGCUGCUGAGGGGGAAGCUGGUGUGAGGAAGGUACUUUCAAUGCUGCGUGAAGAGUUUGAACUAACCAUGGCGCUGAGUGGUUGUCGUUCCCUCAAAGAAAUCACCCGUCAGCACAUUGUGACAGACUGGGACAGUCCUCGCGCUCUUCCUGCCCCUAAGUUAUAGAUGCAUGGCUCAGAGUAUUAAAGUCUGCAAUCCAUUAUUGCUUAAAUUAAUGAUGAUGUCUUCAAUACACUGCAUGCUUUUUCUUUGAAGCACAAUAUUUCUGUUUGUAUGAGUUAAAACUUUUUUAAUGAUGAUGAUCAUGGCUACUUCUGCCUUCACUGUAUAUUCUUUCUUUAAAUUAAGAUAUGGUGGCUGCU